GGAAGUAAGAGUUGUUUGUAGCCAUGACAAGAAGAUGUCGAGUGGUCGGCAUGUCAGACUCCCCGCCCUGAGAAUUCCGUCGGAACCCCCUAAAUUUAAGUUUCGGAAGAAGGUUAUAGCGAAAACAACAGGGGAUAAACGGCCACACCCUUCAACCACGAGCUGUGACAAAAUCGUCAAUAAGGAGCCAAAAGCGAAGGCGCCUGAGGUCGACGUAAAUGUUGACGAAGUAAUUCGCCAGCAGGAACGGCAUUUGCCACCAAUACACAAAGAACCAAUGGAUUCUAAGAUUCCUGGGCUGUAUGGCGCUUAUUAUUCACAGUGUGUCUGCGAGAAGAAUUCCAACAUCGAUCCGCUGAAUGCCGCGCCUCCAAAUCAUCAGGGAGUGGUCGGUAAAGUUUCAGCAACAGAACUCCUUGCUGGCAAGGUCGAGCAACCCGUUAAAUACAAGCAUUUUGCAUACGGCAGUAAUGAUUGGCUGCACCUUCUUGUGACGGGUCAACUUCCGCCGGAAGUACUCCAGGCAUUCAUGAAUAAAUUUUGCAGAGCGGGGACCACACUGAAAGCACAUGGACCGAAUGCCGACAAAUAUUUUUAUUACCAAGGCGGGAGGAAACGUACAAAAGAACUUUGGGAGCCCAAGCAAAUGAGGCAACAACAGGUUUACAGCCAGUUUCACAAAGAACAACUCGAAGCUAGCUGUCGCCAAAGAAAGAAUAUGAAAGAAUUGUCGAAGAAAGCGGAACUAAUGGCCAAGCGGAACGAAUCUGUGCUACUGAAGAAAAUGGACAAGGUAGAUAGUCGUAUCAAAUCUUAUCUUGACAAAAUGGAAAAGAACUGUUCAAAAGUUAGCGCAAAUGAAAACACUAACGGCAAUAUGACAAAUUCUCUCUGCAAAAACAAUUAUAUUUCAAACGACGGCGAUAAAAACGUGCACGGUUUCCAAAAGCAUAAAGAAAACUUCGCGAAGGAGAUCCUUCCAGUAAUUGCAUGGGCAAAAGCAGCACUCACAAAUAUGCUCUCGGAAAAUUGCGAUCCUUCCGGUGAAUGUUCGACCGGAAGUAGCCCGACUGAAGAAACCAAAUGAUUUAAAUUAUGCUUCCGAUAAAAAAAAUCUCAAAUUCUCUCAUUAUUUUUUAAACUGAACAUAUGUCAAGCUCUUAAAGAAUGUUGUAUAUUGAAGUUGGUCUAGGUAUUUGGUUUAAACACUUUUUUACCGCAGUAUUUUAGUUUUUUGUUAAUAUUUUUUUUCUCACUUCAUGUAAGAUGUCUAUAUACUGCAUACGUUGUUUAAAAGGGUACUAAACAUAAUGAAUAUAAACUGACAUUUAUUUGUUUAUGAAUGAUUCAUGAAUUUAUUUAUUUAUUUAUUUAUUUUAGAAUAUCUUUGUAUCUGUUUAAGUAAUUUCAAUUUAGAGCAAUUAUCAUAUUUCUUAUUUCAACGGUUGCAUGUAACUCUUAGCUAAUACUAAAAGUCGUUGGCGUUCCACCUCAAAGCGAGGUUUUCAAAUGUUGGUUUCAUAAGUAUCUAUCGCAUUAAGUCAUCGAUUGAUUUUUGUUUGUAUACCGAAUUCUAUCAUGGUUUUCACUGAAGGUAUUUGAUAGGGGUAUUUCCCAUAUAUCUAGUGCUUGUGCAUAAUAUGCAUUUAUUUUUCCUCAAGUUUACCUACAUGAAGGAUUUACUUAAUUUUAAGUUUUGAUGUUUUAUUUAAACAUUUCGAACUACUUUUAACUCAGUUGUAUUUCAUUGAAAUUGCAAUUAUUUAAGCUGAUGCUUCUUUGUCCUGCAGCAAAUCCAAUUU